AUGGCUAAUUUAGCGAUACCAAUAGUUGAUCUCUCCCCUUUCAUUCUAGGUGAUGAAGAUGACAAGAGAAAUACGAGAGAACUGAUAAACGAAUCAUGUUCUCGAUAUGGCUUCUUCCAAAUCGUCAAUCAUGGGGUACCUUUGGACCUAAUGAGCCACGCCCUGAACUUAUCAAAGGCAUUUUUCGAGUCUCCUGUCGAAGAGAAACUGAACUGCUCCCCAUUGCCAGGGUCACCUUUUCCUGCAGGCUAUAACAGAAAACCAAAUCCAUCUUAUGAGUUUGCAGAGUUCUUGGUUAUGCUUCAGCCUGGAUCCAACUUCAAUGUUUUUCCUUCCAAUCAUCCACAUCUCCGAGCAGUAAUGGGAGAUUUAUUCAAUCACUUCGCGAAGAUCGGAGCAAUUUUAGAGAGCAUCCUUAGUGAAUCAUUGGGGCUGCCUCCAAGCACUCUCCAGGAAUUUAACAAUGACAGAAAUUCAGAUGUGUUGACAGCUCUGUAUUAUUUACCAGCAACAGAGAAGGAAAAAAUGGGAAUAAAUUCACAUAGAGAUGUUGGAUGUAUAACAUUUGUGUUACAGGAUGAAGUUGGAGGGCUUGAAGUUCAAAAAGAUGAUGAAUGGAUCCCAGUAACACCAAAAGAGGGUGCACUUGUUGUCAACGUCGGUAUUAUUCUUCAGGUACUGACAAAUAACAAGUACAAGAGUCCAAAUCAUAGGGUGGUGAGACCAACUGGAAUAUCAAGAAAUUCAUUUUCAUUCUUCUAUAAUGUAUCAGGGGAUAAAUGGGUUGAACCCCUUCCCCAUUUCACUAAGAAAAUUGCUGAGAAACCCAAGUAUAAGGGAUUCAUUUAUAGCGAUUAUUUGCAAAAGCGCAAGGAAAAUAAGCUUAAACGCGCUUCUGGACUUGAAGACGAUCUCGGCCUAUCUCAUUUUUCACUCACUGUGUAG